AUGGUAGCUGCAAGAUCUAAAACCAGGAUAUGGCUAAUACGGCAUACCUCUUGUCUAAGAUACACUAUAAUCGUCUUCCUCAGCUUCCUUGUCCUCGUCUCCCUAUGGCUGACCCGCCAUCAUCAACUAUCCAUCCUGCCGAUAAACAACAUUAAUCAUAACAUUGCUGCAAGACAGGUCGUGGGUCAGGAUGUCGUAUCUAGUACUGAAAAUACUAAUACCGACGAUCACACUCGGCGGCAUAUUAUCCCACUACGGGAUCCUGCUGUGCCAGUACCAGACAACCCAUUGGGUCAAGCUACACAAGACAAACAGAUAGAUCUCGUACUCAAAAUGCCAAAUAAUGAUGACUCUACGAUACCAAGAGAUGAUCCAAUCUUCCACCCUGACUUGUCAAGAGCACUUACGAGUGUGGAUCAAGUCGCUCUUACGGGUUUCAAGUUUUGUCCUUGGUUGGAAGGUGCUACUGUCUCUCCUUGGGUGCACAUCCAACCAUUGGGAGGUAAUCUCUUUCAAAUGAACCCAUCAAGAACACAUCUAGCUUCAAUGGUGGACGCUCUAGCCAAAAUAGUAGCUCAAAACGUAGUAUCGUGGUCUCAAAGAGGGAUUCCAAGCACUGAAUCCAUACAGCGCUUUUCAUGUCGCAUGGCUAUAGACGGAACAAACGAAUGGGCUCUACUAGCAGAUGCUAAAUGGCUCCAACAUGUAAACUCUGCUAACUACUUCCCAGAAAUGUCGUUUGGAUCAACUAGCUUGCUGUCUAUUGUCUCGUCACCUCGUAGUAAUACCACCAUCAAUACUGAUAAUAGUAGUAAUGAGGAUCGAGAUACGGCAUCAUCAGAGCAAUCGACUGAAUUAACAAAGGUCAUGCCUUCACCAAGACCUAAAUAUAAAAUGGCCUACUUGAUUAUGAUUCAUGAACAUCCAGAUGCUCUAGCUACAUUGCUAAAAGCACUGCAUACACCAUCUACCCUUAUAUUAAUUCAUCUGGAUAAAGGUGCUAGUGAAUUACGACCUGCUGUGGAGCAAGUCAUUGCUCAAGUGCCUGAAUAUUACAACAAUGUCUAUGUAUUUAGUCAGUUUAACAUUCAUUGGGGUGGUGGGUCUAUGGUUAUGAUGAUGAUUGAAGGAUUUUUGAAGCUUCUUGAUUUGGGUGAUUGGGAUUAUGUGGUUAAUCUCAGCGGGUAUGAUUAUCCCUUGCUGGAAGGUGAAGCCAUUCACUCAAUCUUGGAGCGUGAUCCUGGCAAGAUCUACCUCACUCAUUGGCAAGACUCGGAGACUCCAAGACGUCUAGAGCUAGUCUUUUUGGCUGGAGCAGAUCAAAAAUUCGUAGUACGACCCAGUGCAGGUCCAGAUCGAUCCUUUCCAUACAAGAACAAGUUUACUCCCAUCAAACAUCAUCAAUGGCUAAUCUUACCACGAGACUUCAUAUCCUAUUUACGUACAUCACAAGAAGCCAUCGACUUGCUCUCGUGGGCAGAACACGCAUGGGUACCCGAUGAAUGGUACUUCGGAAUGGUCAUCAUGGCCUCACCUUACUGGCGAGAUCGCAUCCAUACGAGAUGUGGACGCUACAUCAACUUCCCUCAUGGUGCACUGCAUCCAAAUUGGAUUGAACGACGAGAUCUAUCUAAAAUAGCACGAGCUGGUAUCGGUUCUUAUUUCUUUGCACGUAAAGUCUGGAUUGUGGGAGAUGAGAAGGUUGUUAAAUGGUUGGAUCGAUGGAGGGAACGUGGUAGUGCAUUAGUAGCUAGCGGGAACUGGGUAGGAUCGAUCGCCGGUGAGCCUAUGAUGUCUGCUAAUGAAGGUGUAUCUGUAAAUAGUGAUGGCACUGGUGUUAAUGAUAACGUUGAUGUCUUGAGUGAUGAAUGGUGGGAGUCUACCGCCUCGUCAUUUGUCGUGAACAACAAUCAAACUUCAGCCCUGACCUGA